AUGAUACACGUCUUCAGGCAGUCAAUGGUUGGCCACGAGUUGUCCCGUUUCGUCGACCUCUCGACGGCCGCUAAAAGCGAUGGCCAGUCAUCGUCAGCGGCGGACACACCGCUGGCCGCGUGUCUGUCGGAACAGCUGGAGUGCGGCGUCUGUCUCAACGUAUUGGCCGAAGCGGUGGACACCCGCUGUGGACACACCUUCUGUCGCCAGUGUCUCGACCAAUGGCUGCGCUCGUGUCCGCCCGCAGACAGAGUGUGUCCGGAGUGUCGCCAACGGCUGUCCGGGAGGAAGAGGUCGGCCACUGAUUCCAAGCAUAGCUUCUUCGCGAUCGUCGGCGACGAUGUCUUAGUCCAUAGGAAUCGACGCCUCAACGCAAUGGUCGCCCGAUUGCGGAUCCGUUGCGACUAUCGCUGGAACGGCUGCCCCGAAGUGGUCUCGUUGGACACUAUGGCCGCGCACGUGAAGACGUGUCCGCACACGCGGUGCCACACAUGCGCUCUACCCGUCCAGCGGUGGGCUCCAGACGCCGAUCACAAUUGCCUACAACUGCUGAAGAAUGCGGUGAAUGAGUGGCCAACGAAGUACGCAAACAUCGAAAGCGAAUGCAAAUCAUUGGCCGAAAAGUGUGUCGAUUUGGAGGCGCGGCUGAAGACAGCGGAGGCCAAGAGUCGUGAGGCGGAGCGUCAAUACCUGCAAGAAUUGGCGGCACUUCUGGCCGCAAAUGGACCCAAAUUGUCGGUCACUCGGGCCGAGUUCGGCACUUACGUGGCCAGCGUUACCGACAUGGAAGUGGCCGACGAGGGUCUGCGGCUGCGCGACAUACCGGCCAACGGCGCCAACACUCGACACACGGUUCUCAUACCGUACGCCAAUAUGCGGCGACUGAAGGUAUACUCGAAUUACUCGAUCGCCAACUAUAACGGCCUGUGUGUGGAACCGAUCGCCGGAUCGAUGGCUUCCAUACAACAGUGUCUUCGGUUGGGAAGCGAGUCCUCGAAUUGGCACACAUUUGAUAGCAAUUCCGACGAUCCGAGCAUUUGUGACAUCGAUAUCGAAUUGAGCGCUACUAUCACCGAAUCGAUGGUCGAAGAGUUGUUCCAGCGGUGCCGACGCGCCAACAGUCAGUGCGAGUUUCUCAGAUAUUUAAUAGCAUCAGCCAAUCAUCAGCUGAUGUCUCGCUUUGAUUGCGUGGAGAGAGCGCCGGGAGUCGAGACGUUUGACCUAAACCGGGCCUUCGCCGCCGACACCCGGCACCAGAAGGUAGACCUCGGCAUCGGUGACACAGUCACACAUACACUAACCCGUAUUGCUCUUUGUUUCGCACCACUGAUAGCCUACCGGACCGAUGAGGGAAAGCCGUGGGUUCUGCCGGUUGUGCGCAAAGCGGUGGUCGAGAUACUGACCGACGAGUCGCUGGACUAUGAAUAUCUCGGUCAGUUAGGCGACGACCUCUUCGCGCAGUCGGCCACUAAACUACUGCUCGGCGACGGGUGUCAGGCCAUCGACGAGCGCCGGGCGUUUGGCAUACAAUGUCUGUCCGGAACGGGCGCUCUCCGGAUCGGCGCCGACUUUCUGUACCGUUCGGCCGGCUUUAAGACUGUCUACAUAUCGGACCCGUCGUGGUGUAAGUCU